AUGGCGCGCGUUGAACUGCCCGCGUUGAUCGACUGCCAUGUGCACUUUCGCGAGCCUGGUCUUGAAUACAAGGGCGAUAUGCAGAGCGAAGCCGCUGCCGCAUACGCUGGUGGCAUUAAUGUAGUGUGUGAUAUGCCCAAUACCCAGCCGCCUACGCAGACAAUUGAAGCUUUCGCGGACAAGGUGCUACGCGCCAGUAGAGUGAAGUCACGAUGUGACAUGCGGUUCUUCUUUGGUGCUACGGCACACGAACAUAUAGAGCAACUGGAGUUGAUGUGGACGCAACCGCAACACGCUGAGUUGCGGAGGCGUUGCGCAGGCCUCAAAUUGUACUUGGACAAUUCCACUGGUAACAUGAAGAGCAGUGGAGAGGUCGUUGAGGCGGCGUUUGCACUGUGCGGAAGACUUGGAAUUCCACUUGUAGCGCACUGUGAGCAUGCCGAGCACAAUGAGGCGGCUUCCGCGGCCCAUGCGUACACGGGACCGGCUUCCCACUCCAGGCGGCGACCCGCCGAGUCGGAGGUUGCAUCAAUAUCCCAAGCAAUUGAGCUUGCGGGUCGCUAUUCCACACAGUUACAUAUUGCACACUUGUCGACCGCCGGCGGUGUUGAGUGCUUGCGGCGGGCGCGGGCUGCGAGUGCUGCCGGCAAAAAAGGUGUUCCGCGUAUUACAGCGGAGGUGACGCCGCACCACUUAUUUCUAACGGAGGGUGACUAUUGCGGUUGUGGAAGCCGGGUGAAGGUGAAUCCGCCUGUGCGGCAGUGGAGCGACGUGGAGCAGCUGUGGGAGGCGGUGUUAGACGGAACGGUAGAUUGUAUCGCCACCGAUCACGCGCCACACACGCUGCAAGACAAAAGUGAUGAGUCGAACCCGCCGAGUGGAAUGCCGUCUAUUGAGCUGGUCGUGCCACUCCUGCUGACAGUGUGCGCCGGACGGUGGCCGCACCCAACAACAUCCAUGCCAAAGGCCUUGCAAGAGCGUAAGUUGACGGUGGAUGACAUUGUGCGGCUCAUGCAUACAAACCCAAAUCGAAUAUUCGGUUUGGAUGUGACGGAAGAGAAGAAGCGGACAUUUGACACAAGUGUGGAAUGGGUUGUAGAGGAAUCACAGCUACAUUCCAAGUGCAAGUGGUCACCGUAUGCAAACUGGAAGCUUGUGGGGAAAGUAAUGUGA